AUGCCAACUCGCCCCACUCUCGAUGCUCUCCCCUCCGCAUCCUCGUCCUCGAUCGCCCUUCACCACGCACAAUCAAGCAGGCUCUUUCCGCUGUUUGCUCAACUCUCGUUCCAUGUCAUCCCCGCCAAGCUCGAUGGGGAACUGAGCAAUGUCUACUCGUGGAUCGAAGAGCUCGGCGGGAGGUGCGUCUCGGUCGAGUCGGGGCGAUACGUGGUCACCGCUCUGAAAGGGAGGAUGCGUAUUGAGAGGAUCCUGUCAAGGGAGUAUAUAAAUAUCAAGAGGAUCGUAUCAACGGAUUACAUCCGCGCAGUCUAUCAAAUCGCUUUAGAGGCACUGGUCAAGGACUUUGCCCCGUCACUGCCCUCUUAUACAGACUAUCUGGUCGUACAACCACCAAAGCUGCAGCAGCCCGUCUUUGUCGAUUCGGAUUCCGACGAGGACACACCGCGGAAGCGCCGCAAGGGGAACCCGAGCGUCUUCGAGUAUGGGUCAGAAGGCGGUCGCGUGGGUGAUCUCCCAGAUCUCGCUCCCUUCCCCAAAGACAUCGACCUGGAGGAGAUACCAAAACUGUGCAUACACCGCGCGAGCCCUCUCAAAUGUGUCAACCAGGAUAUUAUCGACGCCAUCAAGCCCAUCUUUGAAGACCGAGAGUUUGAAGAACUGGCACAGAAGAAUUCAAACAUCCUCAGCUAUAGAAGGAGCAUGAGCGUAACCCUGCCUCGCAGACUUGUAUCCGGCAAAGAAGCUCGCAAGCUCGUCGAUGUCGGCGAAAAGGUGGAGCAGAGGAUUGACGAAUAUCUCAACACCGGCCGGAUAGCAGAAAGCGAAGAGAUCCUAGCUUCGCCACGCUACGCAGCUCUGCGAGAUUUUGCCUCGGUGUACACCAUCGGCCACGCAACCGCUCGGGAUCUGUACGAUACUCACCACUGCCGAACACUAGCAGACGUCCGCGCCCACUAUAUGAAUAUCUCGGACGAAAGCGAAGAGGUGCGAUUGAAGGAGAAACUCCGACGGCGAAAGACUGGCGGUAUGACCCAUGUCGAUAUCGUUGAGGAAUGGAUGCAAAUCAAGGAGGACCUGGAUGCAAAAGACGAGGUACAAGCGAUCGUAUCCUGUGUGAUGGAACACCUUACGGCCAUUCUUGAGGGCUGCGAAUAUACCAUUACAGGAGGAUAUCGCCGAGGCAAACCAGAAUCCAACGACGUGGACAUUGUCUUUUGCCCUCCCGGCGAGGGUCAAGAUAUAGGGCUUCUCCACGAUCUUUAUCUUCGACUGUCCGCGUUCAACAUCAUCACACAUGUUCUUCACGUAACACGCCGCUCGCCCAACACCCCUAUACAUUCGUCAGCAAAUAACUUUGACAACCUCGACAAGGCCUUUGUAAUAUUCAAAUUACCCGGGAAGGAUCGCAAGCACCGGCGAGUCGAUCUCAUCUCGGCUCCUCGGGAGCGGUAUGCGGCCGGAGUCCUGAGUUGGAGCGGUAGUAUGAUGUUUGAGCGCGACUUUAGGAGGUAUGCCGAGGCAAGAGGGUACAAGUUUCGUGCCGGCCUCAUCAAGGCGUCGACGGGAGAGGAGAUAAAUCUCGCCACGGAACGGGAGAUUUUUGCAUUCUUGCAAUUGAGAUGGGUUCCGCCAGAAUAUCGCAACGCCGACGGAUGA